ACAGGCUUCCACCUGAUAUUCUCUCACUCCUCUUCCCUUCCUCAGCGAUCUGCACGCUCCUCCUCGCCGCCGCGCUUGUCAUGGCGGCCGCGCUCUUCCGCUGGGCGCUCCAGCUCCGCCGCGCCCUACCCUAUCCUACCCCGCGCGCUCUCCUCCAGCGGACUCCUCUCCGCCACCACGCAGAACACCGCCGCCACAACCGGCGUCGACCUCUCCUGCGACGAGAGCCGCCGCCGCCUCGUCAACAGUCUGGUGUACAGGAGCAAGCAGAGGGGUUUCCUGGAGCUGGACCUGGUGCUCGGGAUCUAGGUGGAGCAGCACAUCUGCUCCAUGGACGAGGCCAACAUCUGCUCUUUGCUCCAAGUCCUCAACCUCGCGCUGCGGAUCGGUGCCAGGCAGCUCUCGGCCAUUGCUAUCGGACCGGAAACUGAAGCCAGGUGUUCGGGUGGAAUGUACGUCCUGCUUUUGCUAGCGUCCUUUUAGUGGAUUCAACACCAACUGAUUCUGUGCUAUGGUUUGCUAGUAGAGAUCUUCCUGAUUUCUGAAUAACAUUUAUCCAGUCUAGUGCUAAAACACACACAGUUCUCUGUCACGUGCUUGUAGUUUCCAGCCUGGAUCGCUCUUGGCCCGGUCAAUUUUUUUUUUCUGUCACCAUCUUAUCUGUAAUUGUGCAAGUUAAUAAUUACCAGCAAUAGUGUUCAGUGUAAAGGCAUUUCCAAUGCAAGAUAGAGGCAUACUGCAAGGGCCAAAUGUUGCAUAGUUUAA